CACAAUUGAAAGAUAUUCAGGUUUGAUUUUAAUAAAGAAUGAUUACCCAUGGUAUUCAUCGCUCUUGUGAACAAUUAUAAACGGUAAAAGUUUAUUGAUGCUGUUCAAAAAAAUGUUUUGUAAAUCAUUAGAAUAUGCAUGUGGCUCUCACGAAAAAACUGUAAUACUUCUACCGAAAUGGAUUUUAAUGUAAGAUAUUAUCUAAAUCAUACGAUAACAAAACUUUUCGUACAAAUUAGACAUUCUAUUGGUGCACUAAACUUAAAAAUAACCUACUUAGUAAGAAAUUUACUUAAGUAUGAUUUCGGAAAAGUAGCUAGCUGAUCUUGCCAGUCGUCGAGUCAACCAUAUUGGUAAUUGAAUAUUCAUCAAAACCUUGGCUAUUGUCUUAAAAAAAAAUAUAUAUAUAAAUUUCACGCUAUUUUAGUUUCUGCACGUCGUUUAGCUGCUCAUUUUCAGUAUUAUUAAAAUUUACAGGUAAAUUUUUAGUAUUUAACGUUCUCAAAGUUGAAAAAUGGCUGGAAAAUAAAUCAUUUAAUGUUCUAAUUUUUUUCAAUCAUUUUCUAUCUUUAGGCGUGAGUGAUACUUCAUUCUCAUCUGUUUCUACAAUUAUAUUUCAGAUCCACAUUCUGCCGUUCAACAUGCCUGGAAUGCAGCAUUACACGCAACAGCGCCAGGUUCGGAAGCUGUUCGUCAUGCUUGGGAUAAUAUUGAACAUUAUUUGCAUCCAUCACAAGGUGGUAGUCCAGCAGUGAGAAGUGCCUGGGAUCAUAUUACUCAUCCAGAACAUUAUCCGCAUCCAUCACAAGGUGGUAGUUCAGUAGUGAGAAGUGCCUGGGAUCAUAUUACUCAUCCAGAACAUUAUCCGCAUCCAUCACAAGGUGGUAGUUCAGUAGUGAGAAGUGCCUGGGAUCAUAUUACUCAUCCAGAACAUUAUCCACAUCCAUCACAAGGUGGUAGUUCAGUAGUGAGAAGUGCCUGGGAUCAUAUUACUCAUCCAGAACAUUAUCGUCAACAAUCACCACCAUAUUACCCACCUCCAUCAAAUUAUCCAUCUUAUAAUCAAUCACCACCACCCCAAAAUUAUCCACCGCCUUAUAACCAAGGCCCACUACCACCUCGGCAAGGUGGUAGCAGUAUUGCUUCAAUAUUUGGCAAAUUAGCUGGACGUUAA